AUGUGCUCACCUGUGGACUUGCUUGUUGUUUACGCAGACCGACGGCAACUAUCCUUCGUCGAGUUCCAUCUACUCAAUCAACGCGCAAUCUUUCGACGUGGUGGUAACCACGCCGCGCACCUCGGACAAACCCUCGCUGCAACCUGGUUCAUCGAAUCAGUUGCUCAAUCGCUUUGCGAUUCUUCCCAAGAGCUGCCGCGACGCUUCAAAACUGAAGCCUCCAAGAUGGACCCACCUCCAAACGAUGGCAUUUGUGCCAUUUUUGUCCACGCCGGGGCUGGCUUCCAUAACCUCGAGAAUGAACACAAGCAUUUGGGAGCCUGUGAUUCGGCUACCACUGCCGCCAUGGCGUUCUUGAAGGCCGGCGGUACUGCUGUCGACGCCGUCGAAGUCGCCUUGACGGUGCUCGAGGACAAUCCGAUCACAAACGCCGGAUAUGGCAGCAACUUGAACCAUAAUGGCAUAGUUGAGUGUGAUGCCUCGAUUGUCGACCAUCGAGGAAAAAGUGGGGCUGUCGGCGCUGUGCCCAACGUGAAGAACCCAAUCGCGCUCGCCCGAAAGAUUUAUGACAAAUCCAACAAAGACAUGGGCCAAUCGAGAGUGCCUCCCAACUUCAUUAUCGGAGAAGGCGCCAGAGACUUUGCGUGGGAAAAUGGGAUCAUCGUCUUGCCACACGAUGACAUGACUCACCCCGCCGCGCGUCUACGUUGGAAAUCAUGGAAAGAGGAAGUUAACGAUCACGAGCGUGUCAAAGGCAGCCAGGAUGCUGAUCCCUGGCUUCGUCGGCCUUUGACCCCGAUGGGGACUCGCCUUGAGCGCCUUGCAAAACGCGAGAGUCUUGCUGCAGCUGAUCAUGAAGCAAAUGAGGAGUACAUGUCCGACUUGCUCGUAAGUAACCCUGGAGGACAUGCCACCGUCGCGAAGAUUGCCUCCUCAUCGUCUCGCGAUGGCAGCCCCGAUAUCGAGACCGAUACCGAGACUGAGCGCAGCACCAGCGACCAAGAGGAUGUUGAUAUGAUCUCAGACACCAUUGGUGCCAUUGCUAUUGACAGAUGGGGAAACAUUGCCGCAGGAUCUUCUUCUGGUGGCAUAGGCAUGAAGCACCGUGGCCGAGUUGGACCUGCGGCUCUUAUUGGCAUUGGUACUCACGUCGUCCCAGUAGAUCCAACUGACCCAGACGGGACCACAGUUGCAUGCGUCACAUCCGGAACCGGAGAGCUUAUUGCUUCGGCGUUCGUGGCUUACACCCUCUCGCAGCGCAUUUAUUUCAGCCAGAAGAAGUGUGAGAACGGCAGAUUUGAGCAGGAAGUGGACCAAGUAGUCAUCUCUGAGUAUUUCAAGAAUGAGUUUACCAACUUCCCUGCCGUGGACGACAGCUUUCUCUUUGGCUCUCUCGGAGCAAUGGUGGUGAGAAAAGACAACGAUGGCAUUGAGCUUUUCUUUGCCCACAACACCCAAUCUUUCGCCAUCGGCUCCAUGUCCAGCAACCAAGAGAAGCCUGUGUGUGUGAUGUCCCGUGGUACCCGAGGAAGCAUCAUGCAGGGAGGUGCUCGAGUCCGCUUCUAA